GAUGACAGCUCCAUAAUGGCACUGGGUGAGGCCCUGGUGCACAUCACGGUCACUCUUCUGCUAUUCUGGGUAGGAAUGUCUCUGUUCAUUUCUGGCCACUCUCAGGCAAGGCCCUCCCAGCACUUCUCCCCAGAAUUGGUGAUCCCCUUGAAGGUGACUGGCAGGGGCAGAAGUGCAAAAUCUCCAGGCUGGCUCUCCUACAGCCUGAAGUUUGGGGGCCAGAGACACAUUGUCCACAUGAGGGUCAAGAAGCUCUUGCUUUCCAAACACUUCCCGGUGUUCACCUACACGGACCAGCAUGCCCUCCUCCAGGAUCAGCCUUUUGUUCCUGAUGACUGCUACUAUCAUGGUUAUGUGGAAGGAAUCUCUGAGUCCCUGGUUGCCCUCAGUACCUGUUCCGGAGGUUUUCGAGGAAUACUACAGAUUAAUGACCUUGCUUAUGAAAUUGAGCCAAUUAGUUUUUCUGCCACAUUUGAACACCUGGUGUAUAAGAUAGACAGUGGUGAUACACAGUUCCCACCUAUGAGAUGUGGGUUAACAGAAGAGGAAAUAGCACACCAUUUGCAGUUGAGGGCAUCAUAUAAUUCUACUCUGAUGCAAAAUUCUUACAUGGGCUGGUGGACCCACUUGCGGUUUGUUGAGCUGGUAGUAGUUGUGGACCAUUUUCGAUACCUUUACUGUAAAAGUAAUGUGUCAUUAGUACAGCGUGAAGUAUUUGAUACUGUCAAUAUAAUAGGUAUCUUAUAUAGCCCUUUGGAGGUUGAAAUAGUUUUGAAUGGGAUUGAAAUCUGGAGUGAAAGAAACCUGAUUUCCACUGAUACUAUAGAACAGAUUUUGGGGGAUUUUUCUGCUUGGAAGUUUUCCAAUCUUGAUGACCGACUGCCCCAUGAUACUGCCCAUCUUUUCAUUAAAAAAAAUUUUGGUAUAAAGCUUGGAGUUGCCUACGUUGGAGGAAUAUGCCAUCGUCUUUUUAAUAGUGGAGUUGAUGUCUUUGAAGAAGACCGUCUGUAUCUUUUUGCACUUACUGUGGCCCAUGAACUUGGUCAUAAUAUGGGUAUGACUCAUGAUACUAAAGAAUGUAAGUGUGGGCUUCCGUGGUGCAUAAUGUAUGACUCCCAGAGCGUGACAGCUCGGUUCAGCAAUUGCAGUUAUGCCGAGUAUUGGAACAAUAUUCUCACUAAGGGAUUAUGUAUUCACUCACCUCCAUAUCCAGGGAAUGUCUUUAAGGUACAGUACUGUGGGAACCUAGUGAUUGAAGAAGGAGAGGAGUGUGAUUGUGGGACCACAGACCAGUGUGUAAAUGAUCCCUGUUGUCUGUUGAACUGCACUCUGAAGCCUGGAGCUGCUUGUCAGUUUGGAAUUUGUUGCCAAGACUGCAAGUUAAUGCCAUCAGGGACUUUGUGCAGACAUCAGAUCAGUGAAUGUGACCUUCCAGAAUGGUGCAAUGGGACUUUUCAUCAAUGCCCAGAAGAUGUAUACAUGCAGGAUGGGAUUCCCUGUGGUGACAAUGCCUACUGCUAUGAAGGGAGAUGUAAUAACCAUGACAAACAGUGCAGGGAGAUUUUUGGCAAAGAUGCAAGGAGUGCGUCUCAGAGUUGCUACAAAGAAAUAAACACCCAAGGAAAUCGAUUUGGUCACUGUGGUAUCACCAACCUAGUAUACGUGAAAUGUGAGGGCCCUGAUAUUCUGUGUGGGAGAGUGCAGUGUGAAAAUGUAGGAAUGAUUCCUAAUCUGAUCCAACAUUCUACAGUGCAUCAGCUUCACUUCAAUGAUACCACUUGCUGGGGCACUGAUUUUCAUUUAGGGAUGUCCAUACCUGAUGUUGGUCAAGUGAAAGAUGGCACAAUAUGUGGUCCAGAAAAGAUCUGCCUCCAUAAGAAGUGUGUCAAUAUGACCUAUCCGCCACGAAACUGUCAUUCUAAUGAGACCUGCCACAUGCAUGGAGUCUGUAAUAAUAAACAGCAUUGCCACUGCAAGCGUGGAUGGGCACCUCCCUACUGCAAGGACGCAGGCCUUGGAGGCAGUAUGGACAGCGGGCCACCUCCUAAGGAAUACGUGGCAACGCUCGAAGCAAAGGCAUUGUUGGGUUACCUGUCAUUAUUGUGGCUUAUUCCUUUUACUGCUUUCGUUUUAUUUUGCCUUCUCGUAGUUUGUAUGGGAAAAAAAAGAGAAGAAGAGGAAAGCUAA